CCUGAGAGUGUGCGCGCGCCUGUGCUCGCUCACUUCUCUCAUGCUCCCUCUUCGCCCUGCCUCCGGGCCUAUCACCUAUCAUCCAGCCUCUCGCCUAUCAUCAUAUCACCUUAUCCUCCAAACGAUCACCUUUCCAUUCCGCCCAGCUGGCGUGGUCAUCCAUGGAGUGUCAUGUCAGCGCUCCACUCGCCCUCUCACAUCCCUCAAAUCUCUCGCAAUGCCUCCAGUUUCUUCCCGUGCCCACUGCCACUGCUCCUGCUGCCAGCCCUGCCGCCCUCUUCCUUUGGAAUUGCGCCUCCUGUGGGAGCGGCGUUUUCAGAGGACCCACGGGUGCGGUGGUUUCGGCGGGAGUGGUUUGAGGGGCGGGACUGCGUGGACGUGGGGUGCAACUCGGGGUUCAUCUCCAUCGGCCUCGCUCAGUGAGGCAUUUCAGCGUGAAGUCAAUGCUUGGCAUCGACAUCGACAAAGAUCUGAUCAAGGAGGCGAGGAGGCAGUGGGGCAGCGUUGUGAGGGAGGAGAAAGAGAAGGAGCGGGGGGAGGGGGGGAAGGAGGGAGGACAAGAGGUUAAGGGGAACAGGGGCGAGAAAAGGGAGAGGCAAACGGAUGGGGGUGUGGGGUGGAAUGAGGUGGGUGGUGCUGGCGGGGCUUCUAGUGGCCUGGGCGCGGCUCCGCAAGGCAGUGGAGGGAUGGCAGCCGCUGCGGGCAGAGCUGUGGAGGAGGCAGCAGCGGCAGCGGCGCAGGCAGUGGGGGCGGCACGGGGAGCGGGUGGGCGGCCGCGAGUGGUGUUCAGGUGCCUCAACGUGGUGGAGGCGGACAUGCCGCGUGACAGUGCUGACACUGUGCUCUGUCUGAGUGUGACCAAGUGGGUGCAUCUCAACUGGGGCGAUGCGGGCCUCAUCGCGCUCUUCGCCAAUCUCUUCCACAUGCUCCGCCCCGGGGGGGUUCUCAUUCUGGAGCCGCAGCCGUGGAGCUCGUACAAGAAGAAGCACGGACUCACUAAGGAGAGCAGGGAGCACUACAGCAGCAUCAAGAUCUUCCCUGCUCACUUCCGACAGCUGCUGCUCGACAAGAUCGGCUUCCAGCGGGUGGAGGAGCUCACUGCUGCUGUUCCCACUGCGCGCGGCUUUGACCGGCCCUUGUUUGUUUACUACAAGUAGGGCACUCAAGCACUGCACCACGCACUUUAGCGAGAGGCCAAAUAGUGGAGGCGGGCCCAACUCGAAUGGGUGUUGUUUCCAGCGUGCCUGCAAGUACUCUUGUCAUUACAACAAUGAACAAAAGAAUGUACGGUAGCGACGAGCACCAGCUGUCUGCUCUCAUGCGCCCUUGCUCUCUCAACGGGCAACGACUCUGACCCGAAUGCGUGUGACCAGUGAGUAUGGACGAGAGGCGCUCAAAGAGGGUCCUGCGGCACAAUGUAACAAAUGAAAGGUUGCUUU